CUUCACAUCAGAAAACUCAAUACACGCUCCCAAAGUCCGGAAACGCGAGUCCGGGAAACAGCUUGUGCAUUCACCUCAGCAUUCACCUCGCGAGCCAACCGUUGGCAAGGGCUUGCUGACUAUUAUCGCAGUGACAAUUGUAUAAAUAGUGCCACACGCUGAUUGACCGAUUCAGCAGAGGUUGCGCGAGUCUUGGCGGGAGCGAGAGGGCAUCGUCCGACGCGGCGUCCAAGUCAGCCAAGGACACUGCUCGGGAGAGUAGGGAAGCGCUUCUCUCCUCGCAUGCGUGCGGUGCGGCUGACUGCCAGCUCCAUCAGCAGCUCGCGCAGCUAGUCGACAGGUGUUGCACUAGAGGGCUCGCAACGUCCUCCGGGUGUGCUCCCUGCCCUAGUGCCUGAAGGCUCAAGCUGUGUGCCCCACCAGCGCCCGCCGUUUGCAGCAUCAGUCAACGGCAGUGAUAGGCAGCAGGCAGCACAGGCAGCAGUAACUGAAGCGGCGGUAGCAGCAGCGGUAGCAGCAGCAGCGGCCGGCAGUCCCCACCGCCCCAUAUCAAGUCUCACACGGCCCACGCCAAACCACACUACCUUCACGUACAAGCACAAAUCGUGUCUAGCCAUGAAGGUGCUGGUGGCGGUGAAGCGUGUGAUUGACUAUGCGGUGCCGGUGCGCGUGCGGCCGGACAAGGCGGGUGUGGAGGCACUGCUGCCCAAGCUGAGUAUGAACCCCUUCUGCGAGAUAGCGCUGGAGGAGGCUGUGCGGCUCAAGGAGAAGGGCGUGGCCAGCGAGGUGGUGGCGGUGUCCGUGGGGCCGCAGCACUUCCAGGACACCCUCCGCACCGCACUGGCCAUGGGUGCGGACCGCGCCGUGCACGUGCCCCUCGCAGCCGACACCUUCGCGGCAGCAGGCGCCGGCGGGGCGGCGGGGGCCGGCGGGCCGCCCGCCGCCAGCGAGUCGCCGCUGCAGCCGCUGGGUGUGGCCCGGGUGCUGGCGGCGCUGGCGGGGCGGGAGGGGGCCGGGCUGGUGCUGCUGGGCAAGCAGGCCAUCGAUGACGACUGCAACCAGACGGGCCAGAUGCUGGCGGGCCUGCUGGGCUGGCCUCAGGCCACCUUCGCCUCCCGCCUGGAGCUGGACAAGGGGGCGGCGGCGGCGCGGGUGACACGCGAGGUGGAUGGAGGGCUGGAGGUGCUGUCGCUGCCGCUGCCGGCCGUCAUCACCGCCGACCUGCGACUCAACACGCCGCGCUUCGUGACGCUGCCGGCCAUGAUGCGCGCCAAGAAGCGCCCCAUCGAGUCCGCGCCCCUGGAGGGCCUGGGCCUGGCGCCGCAUGACGUGGCGCCGGCGCUGGCGGUGAUAGGGGUGGAGGAGCCGCCCACUCGGGCCGCGGGCACCCGCGUGGGCAGUGUGGAGGAGCUGGUGCGGCGGCUGCGGGAGGAGGCGCGUGUGCUGUAGCAGGGAGGAGGGUUUGGGUUUGAGGGGGGGCCUGGGUGCGGAGGCGGAGGGCAGGAGGCGGAGGACGGAGGGCGAGAGGAGGGGAUACAGUGUGAGUCAUGGUUGGAGGGGGGUUGCAGACUUGCAGAGCACGAGCGUGGUGUGCAGCGCCUGUGACAUGCCUGAGAACGGGUGUGUGUGUGAGAGAGAGAGAGAUGUAGUGACGGUGCAGAGGCUGUAUCAUAUGUGCCAGUAUGUAAGCACGGACUGCGGAGGUACGCGUUAUGGAGUUCCUGGAUACCGUACUUCCGGACUUCUGGGUGAGUUCAGGACAGGUCAGCAGAGCGCAGCGGACUGAGCGCGCAGGUGGCGGGGCAGGUAGGUUGUCCAAGUUGCUGCUGAAAGGGUGUUGUCGAUGCGGCGUUGAAUCCUAUGGUGCCCAGGUUGGGAGCGGUGGACGCGGGGUGACAUGCGUGGGCGACAUCUGAAGGCGGUGACAAGCCACCUGCCGACAGCAGGAAGGCGUGCCCAGAGCUUGUCAUGUCAAAAACAGCGCCCCCGCAAUGAGCUUUUCAGGUAUAACAAUCGUGCUAGGAGGGUCGGAGGCAGCCGACCAAGCUGGGCGAUUGCGGCCUUUCAUGAUUAC